AUGGUGCCCUCCAGCCACGCGGCGGAGAAGCAGAUGCCCGCGGAGCCGGGGCCGGACCCUGAGCUCAAGUCCUGGAGGUGCUUGGUGUUCUAUCUGUGUUUCUACGGCUUCAUGGUGCAGUUGCGGCCCGGGGAGAGCUUCAUCACACCCUACCUCUUGGGCCCCGAUAAGAACUUCACACGGGAACAGGUCACCAACGAGAUCACGCCGGUGCUGUCCUACUCCUACCUGGCGGUGCUGGUGCCCGUCUUCCUGCUGACCGACUACCUGCGCUACACGCCGGUGCUGGUGCUGCAGAGCCUGAGCUACGUGUCCGUGUGGCUCUUGCUGUGGCUCGGCCGCUCGGUGCUGCACAUGCAGCUCAUGGAGCUCUUCUACAGCGUCACCAUGGCCGCCCGCAUCGCCUACUCGUCCUACAUCUUCUCGCUCGUGCGCCCCGCCCGCUACCAGCGCAUGGCCGGCCACUCGCGGGCGGCCACGCUGCUCGGCGUCUUCACCAGCUCCGUGCUGGGCCAGCUGCUCGUCAGCGCGGGCGGGGUGUCCUUCUCCACGCUCAACUACGUCUCGCUCGGCCUCCUCGCCUUCAGCCUGGUCCUCGCCCUGUUCCUGAAGCGCCCCAGACGCAGCCUCUUCUUCAACCGCGACGCCCCAGUGUGCCGCGGGGCCGCGCCCUCCGAGCUGGGCCGCAUGAACGCGGACGCCGGGCCGGGCCGGGCGCCGCGGGGGGCCUGGCGGGACUGGACGCUGGUGCGCAUGCUCCGGGAGCUGGGGCGCAACGUGCGGUCGCCGCAGCUCCGCCUCUGGUCCCUCUGGUGGGUCUUCAACUCGGCCGCCUACUACCUGGUCGUCUACUACGUGCACAUCCUGUGGAACGUGGUCCACCCCACCACGGACUCCACCUCGGUCUACAACGGGGGGGCGGACGCCGCGUCCACCCUGCUCGGUGCCAUCACCUCGUUCUCCGCGGGCUUUGUGAAGAUCCACUGGGCGCUGUGGGCGAAGCUGGUCAUCGCGGGCGUGACGGCGCUGCAGGCCAUGCUGGUCUUUCUCAUGUACAGCACCAGCAACAUCUGGCUGUGCUACCUGGCUUUUGUGCUCUUCCGCGGUGCCUACCAGUUCCUGGUGCCCAUUGCCACUUUUCAGAUCGCGUCUUCUCUCUCUAAAGAGCUCUGUGCCCUGGUCUUCGGAGUCAACACAUUCCUUGCCACCGUCCUCAAGACCAUCAUCACUCUCAUUGUUUCUGACAAGCGGGGUCUAGGCCUCCCAGUCCACUCACAGUUUCUUGUCUACUUCGUGUACUUCCUGGUGCUGUUUGGUGUCUACCUCUUGGGGGCCAUGCUGGUGGCCCUGCAGCACUUCCAGGCCAGCCGCCGCGCGCCCCCGCCCCCGGAGCUGAGGAGCCCUGCCGAGGAGAAGGCCAUGCAGGUGCUGAGCGAGCAGGACAGCGGCCUCAGCAGCCUGCAGCCCGAGGCCCUGCCCCUGGCCUCCCAGGAGCAGAACCAGCAGCCCGAGGCCAAAGCCUGACCCUUGGACACCAGCGGCCGCCCGCCAGCAUCCUCCACGCCCCCACAGGUGGCCCACCCCUGGUGUCAGCGAUCCAGGUUUCCGGCCUCGUCCACAUUACAGGGUUCAGAUUGUGGAGCCAGUGGUGACCAGCGGGGACCCUCCAUGGUACCUCCCUGUGACCUGCACCUCGGGGGCAGCCUGCCUCAGGAGGGGCCUUGGCUUGUCCUGCAGUGGCCCGAGGACGGUGCCCCUCCGCCCUGCUUGGCGCUCUGGCCCUGUCCCCCGCCCACACGCCUCCCCACCAUCACCCCCCACCCUGGGAAGCAGGCCCUGCUUGUCCCUGGGGACCAGUGACUGGGAUAGGGACUCGGGCCCCCGCAGUGCGAGGCUGGGAGCCCUGAUCUGUGUGGACUGUGGCUCAGUUGUCCAGGUACUUGCUUUAGACAAUGCUCUUCCUUUUUUUAAAAAAAUUGACCUACACGAGAAACCUUAAUGGGCUCCU